GUUGUUGUAUCCUAUCUUGGUGAUGUUUACCAGAGGCAGGGCUGAAUCCAACCCUAAUUUCACUUUAUUUGCAACAUAACCCACCAGUAAAAGCUCCACUGCUGCCACUCCUAGCUCUCAAUAAACAUACACAAUAUGAUUUGUGCUGAUUAAACGCCAUCAUGUCUCCGGGAUUUAAAUACCAGUGAAUGGGUUAAUGUCCUGCUGUUUGACGCAGGAAUGGUUAAUAGGAGGACAGGCAGCAGGUGGAGAGACAUGCAGACUGAUGAGCAGCAGCAGAGGAGCCGCUGUGUUCUGACAGUUGGUGCCGAGCCGUGGAGAAACAAGCAACGAUUGCCGUUACUAAUUCGUCCCUGCAGCAGGCACAGUUGUUCUAAUUGCAGGAUAGAGGCAGCUUUUUAAAGGCAUGGUUUGUCCGUCCGCCUCUGCCGUUCAACGGGACGCCAGUGAAUAACGCUUGCGGUCAAUUGCUGGGUAAAUGACUUGAGAAACUCUCGUCGAAGUGAGCAGACAGAGAAAGCGGUUUUAUGGGAAAUGAAUGUGACCGGGAAACAGCAACCUGAGCUGAUCGAGCGACCCGCCAGCCUUUUGGUCCCAACUUCGACAAAAUCUGGAAUUGCUUUGCUGUACAAUGAGGAGACCAACAAUACCUAUGAUGUCUGCCUGAAAUUGACCAAAGAGGUAUUAACCAUACAGAAGCUGGACGUGGUUUGCACAAGUGGAAGUGAAUCCCAAGUAAAUAAACUCCCACUUUCUAAAGCACAGAACUGUUGUACUGCGAAGACAGGCGAAUGGCGGUCUGGGCUUAAGCAUCAAAGGCGGUGCAGAGCACAACGUGCCUGUGGUGAUUUCAAAGAUUUUCAAAGAUCAACCGAUCAGACGGGGAAGCUAUUCGUCGGGGACGCUGUGCUGCAGGUCAAUGGCAUAAAUGUAGAGCCUUGUACUCAUGAGGAAGUUGUUCACCUCCUGCGCACAGCCGGAGAUGAGGUCACCAUCACUGUUCGGUACCUGCGAGAAGUCCCAUCAUUUCUGAAACUGCCUCUAGGUUCUCCUGGGCCAUCCAGUGAUCACAGCCGAGGAUCCUCUCCACUCUUUGACAGUGGCUUACACCUAAAUGGAAAUGGAAACAACACCGCUCCAUCACCCCCUUCGCCCUCAGCUAAUGAAUCAAAGUAUGAGAAGCGCUGGCUGGAUGCUGUCUUCCUGCCCUUGUCGAUGGCCAGAGUCUCCAGAUACAAAGCUGGCACAGAUAAAUUAAGGUCCAACUGUUUUGAAGUCUUCACCUUAGAUGGAGCCAGCACCAAUAUUCUUCAAUUUUGCACUGCAGCAGAAAGCACAGACUGGCUCCAAGCAAUAUCUACAAAUAUCAAUGACUUGACACAGGAGAAUAUAAAGAUUGUCAACAAAUACUGCUCUUCAGAUGAUCAGAUUGUUCACAUGGGCUGGGCAUGUGAGAGUCCAGAGGGUAAUGCUGCUGGUAAAACUUCAGCAUUCAAGUUCCUGGCACUGAGAGGACCGUAUUUCCAUAUCUUCAGAAACCCCCCGAUCAGUGCUGCUGACUGGGGACAAGCUGAAACAACAUAUAACCUCUAUGAGGUUCUUUUCAAGGUCCACAAGCUGUGGAUGGCAGAGGACUGCUGGCUUCAGGCCAGGCUCUACUUGGGCCUCGAACAUUCACCCGAGCAGCAAGACAACGAGUCUCUGUGCUUCAGCAUUCUGGUCGGCCACGGCCAGAGCCACACCUUCAGGGUAGAGCUGGCCACUGACCUGGCACUCUGGGAGAAGUCCUUCCAAAGAGCUGUCUUCUUGGAAGUGCAGCGAAUACGAUCCAAAAGCUACAUGUGCAGCAGCCAGGGGAAUGUACUGUGCUUCACCAUAGACUUUGGAUCAGGCUUCACCUGCUCAGACGGCACUUCAAAGACUAUACUGUGGCGAUAUAGGUUCUCUCAACUUAAAGGCUCCUCUGAUGAUGGGAAAACCAGGGUAAAACUCCUUUUCAAGAAUGCUGAAAACAAACAAAUAGAAAUGAAGGAACUAGAGUUCGCUAAUCUAACAGCCGUCCUCCACUGUAUACAUUCUUUUAUCGCGGCCAAAGUGGCCUCCAUGGACCCUCUCUUUAUGUGCAGUCAAAGCUUCCAUGGAAACUAUAUGAACAGUUAAGAAGACACAUCCUCAUUGUCAUGUGCACCUGUGGCAAAUCAACAGUAUUUUAUGCACAGAGCCAAUUGAUAUGUACUAUAUAUCUUGUUCUUGCUAUUUUUUUAUGAACUACUGAUAAAGAAAUAUUUGUAGAAACAAAAGUGUAAAGGUAGAUAUUGUAUGAAUUAAUGUUGGAAGAAAGAUGUUAUUUAAUUUAAGAAAUGUAAAAAAAAAAAAAUCACCAUUUCUUUGACAUUUUUCUCUCAUUAUAUAAUGGACACUGAUUCUGAUCAAAGGCUAUUUGUCUAGUGUCACUUUCAGGACAGGACCUGUGCAAGCAUAUGGUGUGCAACUACAGUGCCGGCUGUAGUUUGACAACAUGAUACAAAAGAAUUGCUAAAUAUACCAACUGCCACCAUCAGAAAAUCUCAGCUGAUAAUGUGUGUAUGAAGAAUGAUAAUACUUUACCUACAUGGAGUGAGGAAGUGCAUUCUAACUGAUAAACUGAUGUUGGCCGGUUGAAGGUGAAAAGGUAACCUUUCUCUGUCCCCAGCUUUUUUGGUCAUAUCUUGCAAUGGGACACAAGCACCUUACAAUUUAUUGGAGCCAAAAGGCCUCCAAAGAACAACUGAAUAGAAUCGAGACCUACCUGAUAUGGUCCAAACAAAAAUUAAACAUAAUAAAAUGGCAGCAUUUACUGCAUGGCUGCCUUACUGGCUUAAGAUUAAAUUGUAUGAUGUUUGUGUUAUUGUGACCAUUCUUUGUGUCAAAUAAAUGCAAAAGACCAGAUCUCUUUCAGAUCUCUCUGGCCAGUUAGGACACUUUUCAACUUUAUAAUGUUGCAGACCCACUUUUAUCAACCUUCUUUCUAAUACAGUCAAAAUUGCUGUAUGUCUUUAGUUGCUUCAUGUAAUGUUUUCAGUGUGAAAAUGCAUAUUUGCUGUGUUUUCAAUAAAUUGCUCAUAAAGCACACUUGCCUGUUAUGUGAGACAUAACAUUUUU